CUCAGCCUGGUUCGAGCUGGUGUCUCCGUCCGCAGAGGAGUCCCCGCUGCGAGUGGACAGAGAGAGCGGGGAGGUGACUCUCGUCAGGACCCUGGACAGGGAAGCGUCCUCCAGCUGGGAGUUCAUAUUCCGCGUCCAGGAGAGGCAAGGAAAGGAAUGGUACUUGCUGCGUUUAGAACUUAUUGUGACAGAUGUGAAUGACAAUGCACCUGAAUGGGUGAUGAAUCCUUUCCCGUUCUUGGCUGUGGUAUCUCCUAAAGCUGCAGGAGGAACUAAAGUGUAUAAGCUUCUUGCUGUGGAUAGAGAUGAAGGGAUCCAUGGAGCUGUAGAAUACUUUCUCUUGGAAGGUGGAGAAGACAGAUUUGAGGUUGAGAAGGACAGUGGCUGGAUUAAAACAACAGGAUUGCCACUAGUGAAAGACAGAGAAUACCUACUAACUGUGUUAGCAGCAGAUAAACUUGGUAAUAAAGGGUCUCCUGCUUCUGUUUCUGUGAUUGCGGGGCUUCGACCACCACGGUUUACCAACAUGUCAUAUGUUGUGUAUGUUCCUGAAAACACGCUCCAGGGAAAAUCGUUUCUUACAGUCUCUGCUUUGUCAUAUCAAAAUAAAUCCCUGAGCUACAAUUUACUAACUGAUCCUAGUGGGCUCUUCAGUAUCCAUCAGGCAACAGGAGAGAUCAGCUUGACUCGGAGUGUGGAUUAUGAAAGCGACCAACACCAAUACUUGCUUCUGGUCAAAGCAACAGAAAGUCCACAGGAGUUUAGUAGUAUAGUUGAGGUUUUGGUUGUAAUCACAGAUGAGAAUGAUUGUGCCCCAGAAUUCCAGAAAUCAAUCUACAGCAAAGACAAUGUUCCUGAAACAGUUCCCAUGACAACUGUGCUUCUGCAAGUGACAGCCAGCGACUGUGAUUCAGAAGAAAAUGGUGAAAUAUUAUAUUACACUUUGAGUCCAGAUUUUAGCAUAUCUUCACAUGGUACUGUCUUCCCAGCAACACAAUUGGACUACGAGCGGCCCAACCAUCUUUAUGAAUUUAUAAUUAUGGCUGUAGAUAAAGGAGAAGAUCCAAAGACUGGGACAGCAACUGUUAGAAUCCGUGUUUCAAAUGUGAACGAUGAAGCACCUGAGUUUUCUCAGACAAUCUACAGGAGUUUUGUUUCUGAAGAUGCAGGCCCAAAUACAUUGAUUGCUACAGUCAAUGCUAUAGAUCCUGAUGGUGAUGGUGUGACUUAUGACAUUGUAGCAGGGAAUCAAAAGGGAAACUUCGUUAUUGAUCCUCAGAAAGGAUUAAUUCGACUUCGCUCGAGCCCUCUUCCUAAGCUUCAGGGGACGGAAUACAUACUGAAUGUCACAGCCACUGAUGAUAAUGCCUCUGGUGGGCCUCACUCUCUCACUAGUACCUCACUGGUCAUUGUGGGAAUUGAUGACGUCAACAAUAACAAACCUAUAUUUCACAAGUGUCAGUAUUAUCGGGGACAGGCUUCUGUGUUGGAGAACCAGCCUUCAGGGACAUUUGUACUGCAGGUUGAGGCAACUGAUGCUGAUGAAGGAACUAAUGGUAGAGUGAAAUAUGGCAUGAUGCACAGAGAUGGUGCCUUACCAGCAUUUAGUAUUCAUCCUGAUACAGGGGUCUUGACAACUGUUCAGAGAUUUGAUCGAGAAAACCAAAGGGAAUAUCCUAUUACUGUGACUGCAACAGACCAAGCUGCAGAACCUCUCAUUGGGAUCUGUCAGAUAAACGUUGUCAUCCUGGACCAAAAUGACAAUGAUCCCAGAUUUGAAAACACCCACUAUGAAUAUUUCCUGAGAGAAGACACAAAAGUUGGGACUAGUUUUCUUCGUGUUGUAGCCCAUGAUGAUGAUUAUGGUUCAAAUGCUGCGGUAACAUUCUCCAUAGCAAAUGAAGAAUCAGCAUAUUUCCAAGUGAAUCCUAGUACAGGCUGGGUGUAUGUCAACCAACCCAUAUCUCAGAGGUCAUUUAUAAGUCAAGAGGUUAUUGCCACAGAUGGAGGAAACAGGAGCAGUAAGGUUGAACUAGCGGUAACAAUUACUAAUGCAAAAAAUCAGCCCCCACAGUGGGAAAGAGAUAUUUAUGAAGUUGUCAUUCCAGAGAAUACCACACGUGAUACAUCCAUUGUCACAAUUAAAGCAACUUCGCCACUGGGUGAUCCUCGUGUGACCUAUAAUCUAGAAGAUGGGCUUGUUCCAGAGACCAACAUGCCAAUUCGUUUCUAUCUGACUCCGAACAGAGAGGAUGGUUCUGCUUCAAUCCUAGUAGCUGAGCCAUUAGAUUAUGAAACAACAAAGAGCUUUGUGCUGAAGGUUCGGGCACAGAAUGUUGCUGCAGUGCCUCUGGCAGCAUUCACUACUGUCUAUGUUAAUAUAACAGAUGUCAACGAUAAUGUCCCUUUCUUUACUUCGUCAGUAUAUGAAGCAUCAGUAAAAGAGGGAGCUGAUAUUGGGACUUUUGUUCUUCAAGUCUCUGCCACUGACCUAGACCUGGGUCAGAAUGGCAAGAUCACUUACUUUCUGUUACAUGAUCGUAGUGGGGACUAUACAUGUUUUCGCUUGGACUCACAGACAGGCUCCAUAUACAGUACUUCUGUAUUUGAUAGAGAGAAAAAGGGGUCAUAUCUCUUGGAAGUAAAAUCAAUAGAUGGCUCUGAAUCUGCUCGACCUGGAAAACAUGGGCAGCCAAACUCUGACACAGCCUACGUGCACAUUUUUAUCAGCGAUGUGAAUGAUAACAAGCCUGUCUUCACUCAGAGUGUCUAUGAAGUUAAUGUGGAUGAAGAUCAGGAUGUGGGUUCUACUGUCAUUACAGUCAGUGCUAAUGAUGAAGAUGAAGGAGCAAAUGCUAAAUUAAGGUACCAGAUCACAGCUGGAAAUACUGGUGGAGUACUUGAUGUAGAACCAGAAACAGGAGCCAUCUUUAUUGCUCAGCCACUGGAUUAUGAAGAAGUGAAAAUGUAUGAACUUCACUUGUUGGCCUCUGAUGGUAAAUGGGAAGAUUAUGCAAUUAUCAUAAUCAAUGUUGUGAAUAAAAAUGAUGAGGCUCCUGUUUUCUCUAUCAAUGAAUACUAUGGAAGUGUGAUUGAAGAACUGGAUGUGCUACCCAUCUUUGUACUUCAGGUUGCAGCAAAGGAUCCUGAUAGCAGCAUGGAUGAAGGCAAUUUGAGAUAUUCUCUUCAUGGACAUGGUGCAACUGAUGUCUUCACAAUAGAUGAGAACACAGGCAGCAUUUACUCACAGAAGAUGCUUGAUCGGGAAGAGCGAGCACUUUGGAGAUUUGUUGUGUUGGCCACUGAUGAGGGAGGAGAAGGACUUACUGGAUUUGCUGAUGUAAUUAUUAAUGUAUGGGAUAUAAAUGACAAUGCCCCCAUGUUUACCUGCAUGCCUGAUGACUGCACUGGGAGUGUCUUUGAAAAUUCUCCUGCGGACACUUUGGUCAUGGAAAUGACAGCUCUGGAUUUAGAUGAUCAAAAUGUAGGUCUUAAUGCAAUUUUGACAUACAGGAUAAUUGACAAUGUAAAAACUGGGUUUGAAACAGACUUCUUUAAUAUCCGCCCCAAUACUGGCACAAUACAUGUCGCAGGGGGAGUGUUGGAUAGAGAGAAGACUGAUAAAUAUUUCCUUACUGUUGAGGCAAGAGAUGGUGGAGGACUGAUAGGAACUGGUACUGCCACUAUCUGGAUUGCAGAUGUCAAUGAUCAUAUACCUGAAUUCACGCAGGAAGUCUGGCAGGCAGUGAUUCCUGAAGACAGUGCAAUCAACUCAGAUGUUCUGGAAGUGUCGGCUACAGAUGCAGACAAUGGGGAAAAUGCUCACUUAACAUUCAGUAUUAUUGGGGGAGAUCCAGAUCAGAAGUUUUACAUUGAAAGUAAUGAAGAAGGUCAAUGUGCAACUAUCAGAUUGAAAAAGAAACUGGAUUAUGAGAAACCUCAUGAAAGGUGGUUUAACCUCACGAUUAAAGUGGAAGAUCUUGAUUUUUCCAGUGUUGCAACUUGCUUGAUUGAAGUUGAAGAUUGUAAUGACCACAGUCCAGUUUUUAAUUCUCAGUUUAUCCAAACUAACCCUUUCUUUGAGAACAUACCUGUUGGUACUACCAUCACCACAGUCAGAGCCACUGAUGAGGAUUCUGGUUUAAAUGGGGACAUUAUCUAUUUUAUUAAAUCAGAUUCAGAUCCUAUCAGACAAUUUGCAGUUGACCCAGAUGGUCAUGUGACUGUUGCAAGUACACUGGAUCGUGAAGUCAUUCAGCAAUACAAUUUAAUCAUACAGGCUUCAGAUCAAGGGACUCCUGCCCAAACUGGAAGUGUUACAGUCCUGAUUAACUUGCUAGAUAUUAAUGACAAUGAGCCAAGGUUUGAGGCAUCGUAUAUGCCUGUGGUUUGGGAAAAUGGGUUAGGACCUCAGGUGGUGUAUAUGAACCAUACAUCCAAACUUCUGUAUGUCGUGGAUCCAGACAGUGAUGAAAAUGGGCCACCAUUUACAUUUUUGUUGCCACCUAGUUAUCAGAAUUCUUUGGAUUUUUCUCUUUCUGACAAUAGAAAUAACACAGCAACUAUUACAGCGCUAAGAUCCUUUGACAGAGAAGAGCAGAAGAUGUUCCAUGUGCCAAUAAUUAUAACAGAUAGUGGGACUCCAUCCAUGAGUGCUACAAACACCUUAACUAUAACAAUUGGUGAUGAAAAUGAUAACUGCCAUGAAGCUGGCCAUAAGGAAAUCUUUGUCUAUACCCACAAAGGGAAAUGGUCAACAACCAUGCUUGGGGAAGUGUUUGCACCAGAUCAGGAUGACUGGGACAAUAAAACAUUUCUCUCUGAAGGAAAGAUGCUCAAGUAUUUCAGAUUAAAUCAAAGGACUGGCUCUCUGGUAAUGGUGGAUAAUGCUCCUGAGGGGACAUACAACUUAAGAGUCAGAGUGUCAGAUGGAGUCUGGCCUGAUGUAAUAUCUACAGUACAGAUCCAUGUCAAAGAACUGGAAAAAGAAGCCAUACGUAGUUCAGCCACUAUUUGUCUGGCAGAUGUCACAGCGGAGGAGUUUAUAAGGAAAGACGAACAUGGGAAAAGCAGACAUGACAAAUUUAAGGACUUACUGGCAGAAAUCUUCUCAGCUCAUCCUAGUGAUAUCACUAUUUUCAGUAUGAUGAAUGUUGAUGGAAGACAAACAAGCUUAAGGUUUGCAGUUCGUGGUGACUCUUCAUAUUACAGACCUGAGAAAUUGCAUGGUGAAAUGGCAGCAUUUAAAAACAAGAUCCAAUCAGUUUUGAAAGUGAACAUUUCACAAAUUGACGCAGAUGUAUGUGGGAGAAUAGACUGUCAUGGUGGCAGUGGGUGUACAAACUACUUCACAGUGAGUGACAUCCCAACAGUGGUGGAUGCUGGGAAUGUGUCAUUUGUCUCAGUAGCAAUCACCAUCAGCGCAGUCUGCACCUGUUCAGCGAGAGACCGAGUUCAUCAGUCUUGUGCCUCCUACCCCCGCAACCCUUGUCUCAAUGGUGGGACAUGUAUCGACACUCUUAAUGGUUACAGAUGUCGUUGUUCUACUUCAUUUCAUGGACCUGACUGCCAGCAGACUAAACACAGUUUCCAUGGAAAUGGAUAUGCAUGGUUUCGUCCCAUCAGGCCUUGUUUUGAGAGCUUACUAUCCCUUGAGUUUAUUACUGAGUUUCCAGAUGGUCUUUUACUAUACAAUGGUCCUUUAUCAGAUCCAGAGCCUGGGAGUACAGAGAAUUUCAUGGCAAUAGAACUUUCCCAUGGCAUUCCUGUGUUGAAAAUGAACCAUGGUGCAGGCACUGAGACGCUGCAUUUCCCAAAUCACCUGAAUUUGACUGACAAAAGAUGGCAUCGGCUUGAAGUCAGAACUAAGGGUCAGGAUGUUCGAUUCACUGUGGAUCAUUGCAGUGCAGCUAUUGUUUCAGAGAUAGAGGGACUAGGUAAAUGGCUUUCAAUUGAAGACCGCACAAACUGUGAGGUCACUGGGACAGUUCCACAAAGAGGAAGGUAUUUAGACAUGACACAAGUUCUUCAAUUGGGUGGUGUAAAAGAAUCCAUUCCCUAUUCAUAUCCUCAGUUACAGCACAAGCAUUUUACUGGCUGCCUUCGCAAUUUCAUCUUGGAUACUCAGGUAUAUGACCUCGAAUCUCCUGCAGAGUCCCUGAAUAGCUCCCCUGGUUGCACAUUGACUGAUGGGAGCUGUGAGAGCAUGGGUGCCUCUUCCUGUGGCAUUCAUGGGAGAUGUCUUGGCGAGUGGGCCUCAUUCAGCUGUCACUGUUUGCCAGGUUACUAUGGCCACAGAUGUGACAAAGUUGCCAAAGAAUUCACCUUUGGGCCAGGGAGCCACAUUCGGUAUCUGCUUCCUGUUGCUGCACCUGCCCACAGGAUGCUGUUAGAGGUAAUGGUCAGGACACGACAGCCCAAUGGUGUCAUCAUGAGCAUGUCUUCCCGAGCCAAGGAUGAACACAUCACCCUGCAGGUUGUACAGGGAUUUUUAACGGUCUCAUAUAACUUGGGUGAUGGAGACUAUGACGUAAAUCUUCCCUCCUACAAUAUUGAUAAUGGUGAAUGGCAUCAUAUCACCCUGGAGAGGAUUGGAAAUGAAUUUACCCUUCAGAUUGUGAUUGAUCCCAGUAGUCUGGUCCUUGGAAACACUUACCCUGUCAAUCAGAACCAAAGUUUUCAAGGAUGUAUGAAGGAUGUCAGAUUUAAUAAUUACAGGCUGCCUCUGGAUACUCACACUAAGGAGCUGGUGUCAGUAUUAAGUGCCCAAGGAGUGAAAGAAGGCUGCUCUUCAGAGGCUUGCAGGAACAACCCCUGUAGCCAUCCGUUUACUUGUAUCGACUUGUGGAUGAUGCAUGAAUGCAGUUGCCCUCUGGGACACAUGAUCAUGGAGAAUGCCACAGGCAGGCACUGUAUCUAUACCAUAUGUGCUAAAAGACCCUGUAACUUUGGCACAUGUAUCUCCCAGUCUCCUACCAAGUUCCGAUGUCAUUGUCCUGAUGGCUACACUGGCCCCUACUGUGAAAUCACACUGGCAAUCUUUCACAAGGAUGCAGGCUUGAGCUUCAGUUCCAUGUUUGCCAUCUGCAUUUGCUUUUUGGCACUUUUAGUUCUGUUCAGUGGUGCCUUCCUGUGGACUCGCUGGAAAAGUCACAAAGGUUUGAACAGAGGAGUGUACCAUGUCUCUGCCUAUCAUAAUGACCUGGAGGACAUCAGAGAAAAUAUCCUCAACUAUAAUGAAGAAGGGGGUGGGGAGCAGGAUCAAGAUGCUUACAACAUGGCAGAACUCCAGAUGUCUCUUCAAACUAGCCCAGCCUACUCUCUUUCUCUCUACAAGAAGAAAGGGAAACUAUCAGAGCUGAACUGUCCCUUGAGUGGCAAUGUGGCACCAACCCCACAGGAGCAGCUAAAAGCAUUUGCAGCUAGCAGGAACUCCUCCUUUACCAAUGAAGACUUUGGUCAUUAUCUGUCAGAUGUUGUUAGGGAUGUUGACCAGCAGCCACAGGCCUUGCCCCACGAUUCCCUGCAGGUAUAUUACACAGAGGGAGAGGGCUCAGUAGCCAGCAGUCUCAGUUCCCUUGAUUACUCUGGACUAGAUGAGGAGAUGGUAUAUGAUGACAUGAAAGAGUGGGGACCAAAGUUUGAAAAAUUAAGUGAAUUAUAUUCACACAAGGAGACAGAGGACAUGUAGAUUCCUAUAUUUACUUUUCUUGAAAUUUUGAAAGCAAUCAUGAAGAGCUAGUCAAUUUUUCAUGAAUUUGCUAUGAUGAUAUGCAUGAAAACCCUCUUUGAUGGUUGUUGGAUACAGUCCAAAUGCCCACUAAAGAGCCUUUUUUUUUAAUCUAGAAGAUAACAUUCCAAAAUAGGAGUUAAAACUCCAGACCUAUUAGCCUUUUCUCUGUUUGUCCAGCAACUAAAUGGAAAAAAUAAAGAACUGGGAACACCUUAAAAAAGUAGUAAUUGACAUGUGAUGCUGAGAAGUAAAUGUCUCCUUUACUACAAUUAAUAAAGGCCUUUCCAGGGCUUUGUGUUCUAGCAAGGUAAUUGUUAGAACGCAAAGAGAACCAGUAUUAGACAUAUUGCAUUCACAUAGCACCUUAUAGGAAUAUUGUCAACUGUCUGGAAAGCAUGUCUUUUGUUCACCUCCUUCUGGCCUAAAAUAUAAAUUGUACCAUAUACAAUCUUGUCCUCUGAAUUAACAGUUUGAACAAAAUGUUCACUUAAAUAUAGUAGCCUUCAUUUCAGGGGUGUUGCCUGGGUGUAGCUGAAAACACAAUUGGGUCUUACCUUUGAUUAUAAUUUUGAAAUUCCUUUGUGCCAUGGUACAAAGAAAGAGGCUGAAUUUGAGCUCAUAGAAAGAAAUCAGCUACUUAUAGCCAAACCUUUCAUUUGGUAUUCCUUUUUUUUAAAAGCAUUAACUUAGAAAUGUGAGACAAAUACCAGAACCUGCUUAAAGCUUAUGAAACAAGUUGAUUUCACUGUUUUGUUAAAACUCCAUCUUACUGAAAUAUGACCAAACUGUCAGGCUACGUCUA